AUGAGAGUUAUCCUAGGACUUGUUGUUGGGCUCCUGGCGGCCGUGGUGCCGCUGGUGUCGGCGCAGGACGACACGGCCGCAGCGCUCCAGGCGCUCCCCAAGUGUGCGGCCGACUGCUUGGUUGAGAACGUCUUGCAAUCAGAUUGUGCAAAGGACCCGACACCGGCGUGUGUCUGCACGAACGGACCUCUCCAGCGCGAGAUCACGCUAUGUGUGGCGGCGAACUGCACCCUCAAACAGGCGCUCGAGGCCAAGAACGCCACGAGUACGGCAUGUGGUGUGCCGGUGCGGGACCGGGCCCUCGCGUACGACAUGACCUCGAUCGUGUUGGCCUCGAUAUCGUGCAGCAUCGUGCUCCUGCGGGUGGGCUUCAAGGUGUUCGUAACCCGCAGCAUGUCGUCCGACGACUACGUCGUCGCCCUCCUAGUCGCCUUCGCCAUCCCGAGCAUCGUCAUCAUCCACGUCGGCCUGUCGCCCAACGGCGUGGGGCGCGACAUCUGGACGCUGACGCCGGACCACAUCACCAGCUUCCUCUUCUACUUUUACAUCAUGGCCAUGCUGUACUUUGCGCAGGUCAUGCUGGUGAAGCUGUCCAUGCUGCUCUUCUACCUGCGCAUCUUCCCGAGCCCGACGGUGCGGCGCCUGCUCUGGGGCACCGUCAUCUUCAACAUCCUGUUCGGCGUCAUCUUCUUUUUCGUCGCCAUCUUCCAGUGCGCGCCCAUAAGCUAUUUUUGGAACGGCUGGGACGGCGAGCACGAGGGCAUGUGCCUCAACAAGAACGCCAUCGCGUGGGCCAACGCCGCCAUCAGCAUCGCGCUCGACUUCUGGAUGCUGGCCAUCCCGCUCGCCCAGCUCAAGGCACUAAACCUGCACUGGAAGAAGAAGAUCGGCGUCGCCCUCAUGUUUGUCGUCGGCACCUUCGUCACGGUAGUCUCCAUCAUCCGCCUCCACGCGCUCGUCACCUUCGCCAAGUCCUCCAACGCGACCUGGGACAACUUCCCCGUCUCGCUCUGGUCGACCGUCGAGAUCAACGUCGGCAUCAUGUGCACCUGCAUGCCAACGCUGCGCCUGCUGCUCGUGCGCCUCUUCCCCGCCCUCGGCGGCAGCACCAGCCGCGGCUACGGCUACGGCAAUGCCGGUGGUGGGGGGUAUUAUAGCGGUGGGAAAUCAGGGGGUGGGGGGUACGGCGGCAAGUCGAAUAGUAGGAAGUCGGGGAUCGUUGGUGGCGGUGGUGCUGGGGGUGGUGCUGGGGGUUUGCAGUCGGGCCGGCACCGGCCGCUGGGGAAUUUGACGAGCACGUCGCAUAAUAGGGAUUUGGAUCUGGAUGAGCUGGAGGGGGAUGGGGGUGGGCGGGACGGGGCCAGGAGCAGCGUGCCGGGGAGCACGGCGAGCGUGGACUCGGUUGCGGCGGCGAAGCCGAUGGGGAUCGUGCGGCAUCAGACGUUUGCCGUGCAGUAUGAUGAUGAUGACGAGGCGAGUUUGGUGGAGAUGACGGGGUUGGAGCAGGGGGAGAGGAGGAAUGGGCUUCCGUUUGCUAACGGACAUCAAGAUCUCGAGGACGAGGUGGUAGUGCGGUCGGAUCAGGACUUAGUUGUUUCCCCCGCCGUUGCCGUUACCGUUGCCAUUGCCAUUGCCGUUGCCUUGACCUCCUCCGCCACCUCCCUGGUGGUGGGGUUCACGGGUGUCAACGUCACGGGCACCGUUCCCGCCGUUGCCAUUGCCGUUACCCCUGCCUCCUCCGCCGCCACCCUGGUGAUGAGGCUCACGGGUCUCAAGACCACGGGCACCAUUCCCGCCGUUACCGUUACCCUUGCCUCCGCCUCCGCCUCCCUGAUGGUGCGGUGCACGGGACUCGACCUCGGUGCCGUUGCCGCCGCCCCGGCCUCCACCUCCGUUUCCACCUCCAUUUCCACCUCCAUUUCCACCUCCGUGGCCUCCUUGGUGAGGCUAUACAGCAACGUCAGCACGAGCACCGAGAAGGGCAUGUAUUGCAGUCGUCGGUGA